UCGGUUUGUCAUUCGUAAACAGUUUGCAGACUAGAUGUAAAUAAAAAACAUCGCCCUCAACAUAAUUUUUCGCAAGUAUAGGCGAAAAUAAUGUCCUCAUUCAUAAAACGUAAUGUGAAAAACAAAUUUGCACGUAAACGCAAAGAAUCAUCAGAAUCGGACGAUGCCGAAACGGAAUCAAACGUAGUAAUCAAUCAUGAACGAAAGCGGAAAGCUAAUCCUAACGUACAGAGCACAUCCGCUUUGAAGUCUCGUCGUAAAACUGCUGGAGUCUCUUCAGAUAGUGAUACUGAUGUCAGCGAUGAUAUUGGUGUCAAAUACAAAUCAAAACGCUCUGCAGUACCAGCUGGUCCACAGGACCAGGGAGCGACAGCUGAGCUGGAAAUUGAAACCUCAAAAAAUAAUGACGCUCAAGCAAUCUAUGAAAAAAGCAUCGAAAUUAAUAAGGAACUAGAAGGAAAAGAGGACGAUAAAAUUUAUCGGGGGUUAAACAACUAUACCCAGUUCUAUAAGAAAAAAGAUAGUGCCCUAGGUAAUGCAGCAUCUGGUAUGGUACGCAAAGGACCAAUCCGAGCGCCUUCGAACAUUAGAUCGACAGUACGGUGGGAUUACCAACCGGAUAUCUGCAAGGAUUACAAAGAGACUGGUUUCUGUGGAUUUGGAGAUAGUUGUAAAUUUCUGCACGAUCGAAGUGACUAUAAACAUGGCUGGCAACUAGAGCAGGAAGCGUCCACUACCGGUGGUACUUAUGCGGAUGACUCUGAUGGUGACGACACAAAGUACGAAAUUCACUCCGAUGAUGAAGAACUUCCGUUCAAAUGCUACAUUUGCCGGGAGAGUUUUAAGGAUCCAAUUGUAACGAAAUGUAAACAUUACUUUUGUGAGAAGUGUGCCUUAGCUAACUACAAAAAGUCUACACGGUGUGCAAUUUGCGGAACACAAACAAAUGGAAUGUUUAAUCCUGCAAAAGAAUUGAUUGCUAGAUUGAAGACUAGGGAAAUUCAAGAAGAAGACUCCGACAGUGACUAAUAAAGUUGUAGUGUAUUGAA